UAUAUGAAGCAAUAAUAUCAAGCAUAAAUUAACUCCCUGUGGAGGGUCAAAAACCGUGCCAUUAUCAUAACCGAUAACGUAAACCUUUUCACGAAUAGGGAGAGUAUCAUCCCAAGACGAGUCCUCAGCCUCCAGUAAACACAUGACCACCAGAAUCAUUUCAGUAGAUAAACACUGCAAAGUACAAAACCUUUGUGUUAUAAAUGAGAUACUGCCGAGUGAACUUCUGAAAUUCUGUUAUUGGGAUCUAGAGUUGUAACGUUUGUGGAGGGUUGAAGCAGCAGAUGGUUUGGUUAGACUUGGCGGGGAGGACUGAAUUCAAUCUCAGUUUAGGGUUUACUUGUAUCACCAUUAAGUGAAUUGAAGGGGAAACAAAUUUUAUACAAUUAAAUGAAAAGCCUCCUAAACCUUAGAAACCAUGAGCGCAUGUGCGCAGCGGUUCCUGCAGCAUCUAUCUGUGCAAUUCUUUCUUGGCGUUCUACCCCAGUUCAUAUUUAUCCCAAUGAAACGAGCCACCAGCCACUUCAGUCAUAUCAAGAGCUUCAUUCAUUAGAAACUUAUCAAAUAAGUUUCCACUUAAAGAUACAUACAAGUGAUUCUCUUAGACAUUGCAAGGCGCCAAGAAGAUCUAGAAUCGUAUCAAUCUUUGGUCAAGAAAAUAAGAGAGCUAUAUCAUGUUUUAAUAUGUCUUGUCAUCCAAAUUAUACUAAUCUCAUUAGCUUAACGCCAUAAGAUUAGAAAUAAAUAUAUAUUUUACUUUCUGGCACUAGAGAAUUCUCGACCUUCAAUAGUACAUAAGAUGAUAGUCAUUUACCAUAUCCUAGAAAAGUACAUUGUCACUGAAAAGGUGACGACUACAUUAGUGUUAUGCAUUUUUCCUAAUACCUUUAAAACAACAUAUGAAGCCCACAAUCAAUCAGUUAAGUAAACUAUAAAUUGGAAAUUUGUGCGAAAAAUAUCUCAUCUAGUCAUCUUUAAGAAUAAAAGUACAACUGUUCUACUAAACUACUCAAAGCACCCACUAAGAUAUUCAACAACAAUGAUAUGUUAAUUAGUGCUUUUCUAUCAAGUUGUUUCUUCUCUAUUAAGUAAAUAAUAUAAUACCAUCAAAAAUCACUGCACACGCUCACUAAAAUUGUAAAAGCCAUCAGCUCGGAGAUUCCUUCGAAAAAAGGUUUGCUAUUGUCUACCAAAGUCCUUAAUUCGAACAGAGAGGUUCAUUUGACGAUCAUAGGCGAUGAAUACGGUGGGGGAAAGAUAUUUGGGAACGGUGGAGAUGGCUGAGGCUCCGUACAUGACGGCGAAAACGUCAGUGUGGUGGGACAUAGAGAAUUGUCAAAUCCCAAGGGGGUUUGAUGCUCAUGGAAUAGCUCAGAAUAUUUGUUCGGCGCUUAUGAAGAUGAACUACUUUAGUCCAGUCUCAAUCUACGCAUAUGGGGAUGUGAAUGGUAUCCCUCCGACCAUCCAGCAUGCCCUUAGUUCCACUGGAAUCGUGCUCAACCAUGUCCCAGCCGGUCCCACUCCCACUAUCUUGAAGAUGGUUCUCUUGGAGUUGCUGAUUAUGGAAGAUUUUACGUAAUCGACAAGGGAACUCAAGUGACUAUGGCCUCGAGUUCUUGAUUGGCAUGUAUGUAGAUUAUGCCAAUGACCUUUAUCUCAAUGUUGCGCAGGAUUUUGAUUCAGAGAUCUUUUUUUUGAAGUGUGUUUCCAAAAAUAUGGUGGAAAAACAAUAUGUGUGUGACUCUGUGUAUGUAUGUGUGUAUGCCUCAGCAUAUAUGUGUUUGCGUU